AUGCUCAAGUUAAUAUAUCAUGGCCGGUUUAUUCAUGGAAGUGUUACGCUAGGAGCGUUACAUCUACCUGCCGGCAACUCGACGGUUAUGCAUCUGGUAACGAGAGAAACACUGCCUGAGCCAAAUUCUAAUGGUUCGUGA